CAAAUGGUUCUUCCCAUUUUGUAAAUGGGAAGCUGAGGCUAGAAGAAAAAGGUAGGAGGUCACUCUUGAAGCAGAUCUAAGCAUUGUUCUCUCUUAAAAUUCACAAGCUUUUUGCAAGCUUUAUUUCCUCAGUUUCUAGCUCACAGCUCACAUGGUGUAUGUCUCCUAUCUAGUCUGCCCACUUUGACAGUUAAGGAGUUCCUUGGCUGUCUCCUAUCUAUAAAGACACAUGUUCCCCACAUAAUUCAGCUAGUGAUCUCCAACAUGCUAUUAUACUUUUAAUGGAUUUUGAUGUUACAGAACAUGAAGUCUGUUCUCUGAAAUCGGUCGUGGUCCUUCUUGCUAACUCCUACAGCAAGAUUUAUUAGAUUGUACAGAAGCAUCUAUGAGUCCUUGGAUGUUUAGGGAAAACUCUUCCAACAUGAUGUCCUCCAAAGUGUUGGAUUAUGCCUGGCACUCCAUAACCAGCAUGCUUUGGUAAGCUCUCCAGAGAUUAUAUGAAUGGUAGUGUCACAUAUCUUGGGUGCCAGUUAUAAGGAGGCUGCUGAAGACAAGAGUUUUCUGUACAUCCAAGUUCCUGCUGGGGACUGUGUGGAAGGAUGGCAGCUGCAGAACCUUUGACUGCUUUCUCCCGUUGGUACCUAUAUGCCAUUCAUGGCUACUUCUGCGAGGUGAUGUUCACAGCUGCUUGGGAGUUUGUGGUCAACUUCAACUGGAAGUUCCCAGGUGUCACCAGUGUAUGGGCACUCUUCAUCUAUGGGACAUCCAUCCUCAUUGUAGAAAAGAUGUAUCUGUACCUGAAGGAUAAGUGUAACAUACUAGUGCGCUGCCUGAUUUACACCCUAUGGACGUAUCUUUGGGAGUUCACAACUGGCUUCAUUCUGCACCAGUUUAAUGCCUGCCCAUGGGACUAUUCGCAGUUUGACUUGAACUUCAUGGGCCUCAUAACCCUGGAGUAUGCCAUCCCAUGGUUCUGUGCAGCAUUUAUCAUGGAACAGCUAGUCAUCAGGAACACCCUGCGUUUGCGUUUUGAUGAGAAUGCUGAACCAGGUGAACCCACAUCUGUUGCAACCUUGGCCAAUGGUCAUGUGAAAACUAACUGAAUUGUACUUUAGACUACACUAAGACUAAGCAAUCUCUCCCGCCCCUUCAUUACAGACUUGGGAUGAUGGCCUCAACAGCAAAACUCCUGUUUCCUUUAUGAUAAACAAACCUCCUUGGUUUGGAGGUGUGCAUGAAAAAGUGGAAUCAGUAGGUUUUCUAUGAAUUUUAUGCUCUUUCUCUCUCUUGGUUCCUUUUUUUAAAACAAAACUUCAAGUAUCAUUGUCAACUACCUGUUGACUAGAUAGUUUGACUUAUAACUUACUCAGAAAACAGUUCUGUGAUCAGUACUUUAUUAUAUCUGGGUUAGAAAAAACAAAAGGUUGGCUCAAACUGUUCAAAUAACAUUAGUAUAUAGGCACAGAUUUGCCCAGUUGACUUAGUGAUUGGCUUAUAUUCCAUUCAGGUGCUUGCUUGAAACCAAUACCUCCCAUGGGACCUGAGAUGCUGCA